AUGAAGGUCUUCAUUCUUCUGGGUAUGGUAGCUUUUGCUGCUUCGAGCAGCUUUGAGUCCUAUGAAUACCGACCACCAAGGUUCCAGCGUUCGUCUGAGGAGUCCUACGAGUCAGGCGAGGCCAAGUACAACUUCAACUGGGCCGUGAGUGACGAUUCCUCAAGCAACGAGUUCGGACAUCAGGAGGCCCGUGACGGCGACCACACACAGGGAUCCUACUACGUGCAGCUCCCCGACGGCCGCCUGCAGACCGUCAAGUACUUCGUGGACGGCGACUCCGGUUACGUGGCCGAAGUCAGCUACGAGGGCGACGUCUCCUACGAAUCAGCUUCCUUUGAAUCCCGAGAGUACAGGCCUCCCAGACCUCGCUAUUUCUACGACUCCAACGAAUCAAAAUAA